ACUCACAACCAGCUGUACCGCGAGGAGAGCGUGUCACUGCGGAUGACAAAGACGGAGGGGAAGAGGGGAAGAAACAGAGAGAAGGAGAGAAAGGGGCUGCCUCCGAGAAGACAUCUUUAGUUCUGCUCCAAACAUCAAACGGAACAAGAUGGAUUUUUGCACAACGUGAGCUGCACUAGAGGACGCUACUUAGACUACACAGCGCCAGGAUGUCUGCUGUGCCUCUGGUGGACCACAAUGACACUGGACUUGCUCCAGACGCAGAUAAUGGGACUUUUCUGCUGCGCUUCUCCCCGACCUCCCCCUCCACAUCGGCAGCUGCAUCCUCCCCAGGCAGGCCAGGGAAUGUUUACGUGUACGUGUGGCUGUUCCUGGGCCUCCUGGUGCUCCUUCUGACCCUGCUCGUCAUUUCUUUGCACCGGCUGAAAAACAUCAUCGGCUCGGCGUCUCCUGUCCCGGACUGUAGCAGUGAGGCAGGCAGCUCCUUCACCAACAUGGAGAUCUGUAGUCUCUCCUCGCAGCGCUCCACCAUCUCCACUCUGUCCCAAUAGUGAGGGAAAGUCAUUGGAAAGUCUUUGGAAAGUCAGAGCCAUGGUUCAUCAUGCAUGCACCAAUAUACAAACAAUGGAACAAAGCUGUCCAGAUUUCUCCUGCAUGUAAACCCGUAAGAGUAGGUGGCCACUAUAGUAAUGUUGGCAAAGUUUGUGAAAUAAAAUAAUGUGUUAAUAUUGGUCAUUUGGACUUGACUUAAUGGUCAAAGAGGGCACUUUGCUCAUAGUUAUGGCUAACAAGAAACAUGAGGACAGGAUUACAGCUUAUCUGAGAAGUGAUGUUACACAUGUUUUUCUUUGCCAAAGUUAGAGCUGGACAGUUUUUCCCAGAUACUUGUUAUAUUACUUUUAUUCUAGAAAUGUAGGGUACAUUGUAUUUGGUAACAGGGAUUCAGAUGUUGUCUAAAUGCUUAUUAUUUAUCAGUGGAAGCCUAUAACUAUUUUGUGUAUAAAUGAUCUAAGGAUCUAAGUCCUGGAUAUAAUCAUGGGUUGCACAAUGAGUGAGUUCAGAAGAAUGGUACUGGAUCGAUGCUUUGAUUUUUUGAUUAAAAGUGAUGACAAAAUUGU